AUGGCCACAGCCACAGCCGCCGCCCUUCCCUCGACAAUGCGCGCCUGGCAAUUCACCACCACUCACGGCGGACUGGAGAAGAAUCUGACCCUCAACACCGCAGCGCCUCUCCCGCCCCACGACGCCCACUCACUAGGCAAAAACAAGCUAUUGGUUCAAGUCCUGGCCAUGUCCUUGAACCCCGUGGACUAUAAGAUUGCGGAACUCCCCCUCGUCGGGAGAUUCGCCCUCAAGACGCCAGCGUCUCCCGGUUUGGAUUUUGCGGGCAGGGUCGUCGCCGAGGGUGACGGGCUUCGGGGAGACUCAAGCAGCUCGAAGAUUACGGUCGGAGCGCUGGUCUUCGGCCGGCUGGAUGGACCGACACAGUUCGGCACGUUGGCUGAGUAUACGGUCGCUAGCAGGGCCGGGGUGGCUUUACUUCCUCAAGGAGUCAGUCCCAGAGAUGCUGCGUGCGUGGGCACCGCCGCGCUCACGGCGUAUCAGUGCGUCGUGCCGAAUAUACCGCGCGUGAAGCGACAAGAUGGCAGUGGCGAUACUACAAAGGUCUUCAUCAACGGUGGUAGUGGCGGGACGGGCACAUGGGGCAUUCAGAUUGCCAAGGCGAUGGGAUGCUAUGUUGCGACGAGCUGCUCAGCAGGGAAUGCGGACCUGUGCAGGAGUCUGGGCGCAGACGAAGUCGUCGAUUACGCUGCCACAGACGUGGUCGAGGCGCUAACCCAAAGUGCCGCGACGAGCGGAAACUUCGAUCUCGUGGUCGACAAUGUAGGCGGUGAUGGCAGACUGUUUUGGCAGUGUCACCGCUUUACGAAUCCCAAGGCAACAUACGUACAAAUCGGAGCAUCGAUAGGGUUACACACGGCUCUGGAUAUGGCAAUGAAGUAUUCGUUGCCUGGAUUUCUGGGCGGGGGAAAGAGGAGGUUCAAGUUCUUGGGCGUCGGGAAUGACUCUGGGCAGUUGGAGGAGAUCGGCAAGUGGAUGGCCGACGGGAAAGUGAUGCCUGUGGUGGCCGACGUAUUACCCAUGCAAGACGCCCCGAAGGGGUUUGAGAAGAUAAAGACAGAGCGGACAAAGGGAAAGAUUGUGGUUGUUGUAAGCGAGCGAUGA